UAUAUCGGUCGGAUUUAUCGGCAACGGCUAGUUCUUUUACAGCCCCCUUUCAACGGCUACUUUUACUGGAGCAGUUUUAUGUUUUUCUCUCUUUCACUUGUCUCUCACUGCUCCUCUGUCUUUUGUUGUCAAAAUCAAAUCCCUCAUUUGACCUCAGCGGAGAAGUAAGUACAAACAGUUACUCCAUUUCCAAUCUGAAAAUACUCAGUUACUCCAACUCCCCAUCUGCAUCCAGAAUUUUUCUUCAAUAGGAUCAAGUUGCCUCAAUUAAACUGCAGUGAUGUCCACUGUUCAAAGAAGGCAGCAACCUGUUGAUGUUCCGAAGGAAAAUGGAGGCGCCAGAGUACAGCAACAACAACUCCCAGAUGUUAUGCAGACGAGGGGUGGUAAAAUGUCCUCGAGGCCCGACACCCCUACAGUGACCGGUGCUGCUAGGAUUAUCCCAUCUAGAUAUCGGCAAACUCCUCAGUCUUUACUCCGUACUAGUUCAACGAGUAAUCCUGGAUGUACAUCGGUUAGUGCUGCUGCCAAACUGUUGCAGGAGGUUACUGGUACUCCUAUAAAUCCUUGUUCAGUGUCCUGUGGUGAUGGAGCAAUUGUCCAUAAAAAGCACUCGAAAGUUUCAACAAGCAAUGCUGUAGAUGGCUCUGCUGCUGCUGCUGCUGCUACUGAGAGCAGUUCAUGCCCGAAUUCUCCAGUCUGCACUCAAAGAAAGCAGCAGCAAAGUAAAGUUCCGAAAGAAAGUGGAGGCACCAUAGGACAUCAGGCACAAUUUGCAGAUGCUUUGCAAUCAAAAAGUAGCAAGAUCUCCUCAAGACUUGAUACACCUACAGUGACCGGUGCUUCUAGGGUUGUCCCAUCUAGAUAUAAGUUCACUCCUCAGUCUUUACCCCGUCCUCCAACCAAUAAUCCUGAAGGAACAGUCAGUGCCGCGGAUAAACUAUUGCGGGAGGUUACUGCUACACCUAUAAAUCCUUGUAGGGUGUCUCAGGAUGAUGGAGCAUUAAUCUCCAGAAAGCUUUCAAAAGUUUCGGCUAGUCCUUACGUGGAUUCUUGUGCCACUGGUACUGCUCCUACUAAGGGAAGUUCAUGCCCUAGUUCUCCACUUUGCACCCAAAACAAUAAGACGCGGACAUUAUCAGCAAUGAGGUCUUCUACGUCUAAGAUUGAUAGAUGUCUUGCGGAGAGAAAUAGAGACAAUAAUAGCAGUUCAACUGAUGAAUGUAGUUCUUAUAAAUCUUCUACUUGCGCUCGUUCACUGCAUUUGCCAACAGACAGCAACGAAAAUUCCUGCUCUUGGCUAUCUCUUAAACAAAAUGACAUGCUUGCUUCCAUCCCUUCUAGAUCAUCUUUCAAAAUGGGGAACCUUUGCUUGCCUCCAAAUCCAACUUCCAAUAAAAUGGGACCAGAUGCAAGGAAAGGAAAGAAGGGUUUCAGCGACCAGGGAGAUGUGCACUCAUUGAAGUUACUCUACAAUCAUUACCUUCAAUGGAGAUUUGCAAAUGCCAAAGCAGAGGCCUCCACGCACUCCCAAAGACAGGAUUGUGAGAGAAGAUUUUAUUCCUUUGCACGCCAGUUGUCUGAUUUACGCGAAUCUGUUCACCAGAAACGCGCUGAACUUGGGUUUUUGCGAAGGAUCAAAACUUUAUCCACUAUUCUUGAAUCACAAUUGCCAUGUCUUGAGGAAUGGGAUAACCUGGAAGAGGAUUACUCUACUUCUCUGUCAGGUACAACUGAUGCCUUGCGGAAUUGCUCUCUGAGACUUCCUAUAGGCGCUGAAGUUCAGGUCGAUAUAGGAAAGAUAGGAGACGCUCUUAGUUCAUCUACAAAGGUGAUGGAAAUGAUCAGUUUGCUGAUUCAGAACUUUAUGCAAAAGGCAGAAGAAACAGAAAGUUUAAUUUCUGAACUAGCAAGGGUGAGUGGUAGAGAGAAAGCUCUUAUUGAGGACUGUGGGGAUUUAUUAUUGAAGACAUAUAUCUCACAGGUGACAGAAUGGAGUUUAAGAGGACAGAUGAUUCAAAUGCACCAAAACAACCUUUAUCAAGUUCAGAAAGAAUGAAGAUAUUCUGUAUUCUGUCUGGUUCAUUGUGGAAAACUACUGGGGGGAGUUCUUUUUAAGGGGGAUGUUUGUGAGCUAAUAAAAGGGGGCGGUGCCUUCGGAAUCUUGCAUUGGCGGCAAUGUCAUGUGCAUAUUUGAGAAUAUCUACAAUAUCAACUUUUUCCAUGAGUUUUGUUUCUGUAAUAGGUAAGAAUCUUUGACAACAUUGUAAUAAAGUUGUGCCUUUGGGUCUUGAACACACUUCGUUGUAAAUUAGCUGCAACUCACGGGGUGUUUUCUCUCAAUGAACUUAUACUGUAUCCAAUAUUGCAAAGUUUUCUGUCUCCA